UGGGUGCGCCGUCGAGGCGCAGCUCGUUCCCCCCGGAAACAUGGCGGGCAUCAAAGCUCUCGUGGCGCUCUCCUUCAGCGGAGCCAUCGGCCUCACCUUCCUCAUGCUGGGCUGCGCCCUGGAGUACUACGGCGUCUACUGGCCGCUCUUCGUGCUGCUGUUCUACUUCAUCUGCCCCAUUCCGCACUUCAUCGCCAAGCGCGUGGGCGAGGACAGCGAGGCGGCCAGCAGCGCCUGCAGGGAGCUCGCCUACUUCUUCACCACCGGCAUCGUCGUCUCCGCCUUCGGCUUCCCCAUCAUCCUGGCGCGCGUCGAGGCCAUCAAAUGGGGAGCCUGUGGUCUGGUCCUGGCUGGAAACGCAGUCAUUUUCCUCACUAUUUUAGGCUUCUUUCUUGUAUUUGGUCGAGGAGAUGACUUUAGCUGGGAGCAGUGGUAGGACUUCGCUCUGACACGGGUAACGUUUCACAGCAUACAUCACCAUAUGCAUACUCUGCCUGUGUAUAUGUGUUAAUAUAUUAUAAUGUAUGUCCGUGUGCAUGUGGGGAGGUCUGUGUGUGCUCACACAUGUAACCCUCUGUUAUUGGGUCAUAACAUGCUUUUUAAACGUGCAUCACGCAGAGGAGAAAGGCCCUUGGGGCAGCUUUCUAAAUGUGCUCAGUACAAGCCCGAAUCACAAUUGCAAUGUUUGUACACAACAAAUAUGUUUACAAAGCAUUAACUGUUUUGCUCAUUUUUCACACUGUGUGCAUUAACCCUUUUUUUUUUAAUCACAGUAACAUUGACACACGUGGCAUUGGUUAGCAGCCUGUUGGUUUUUUAACAAUAUAAUCAAGAUAGACCAAUAUAAAGAUGGUGGUGUUUACUGUUCUGCUUGAUCUUUCUGCCUUGAUUAGAGAUGAAUGAAUACUUGUUUUCUACUGUAGCUUUGGCUUUUUUUUUUUUUUUUUUUGGAUAAUAUAAAACCAAAUGUAGGUUAUACCAGAACCUGUUGCAUACAAUGGAAGAAAAAGAAAAUAGUAACUUUGUUUAAAAAUCCUCCCUUCAAUUUAUUCUGCUCACUUAGCUUUUUUUUUUUUCCUGUAGAGAUAUUCUGUUUUAUCUAUAUUUGACUUACAAUUCUGGCUAUAUGUGGGGAGUUACCUGAUAUAUUUAAUGCCUUUAGCUGUGCUCAGACCUGAAAUAAUUUCUUUCAUAAAUACUCACAAAAGAAGACACAUUUGAAACUGCUCCCAUGAUCUCAGGACAGUGAUAAUAGCAGUGUAGUGUACAGCUCUGUAUCCUUAUGUGUGAAGGACCUGGAUUGCGAAGAAGUGAAUGUUCUGCUGAGAGAUUCCCAACAGCAGAAACUCUAGGACUUGGUAUCUCCUCAGCUCUUACUGCUUUAAAACAUCCUUAACUGAAACUACUGCUUUCUAUGUCUGUGAGAAAAGAUCAUAUGAAAACACUAUCUUAAAAUAGCAUUAUCCUAGUAAAUGUUCGCACAAUAAAAUGUAAAAGCAAAAUAUAUUACUCUUUUUGGCUUGGUGAAGCCUUCAAAUAGUGGAGGCAUGUGACUUUAUAAAGAUGCUUUCUGRUACACCCCUGAUUCUAGAGGACACUUCAGAAACCUGAGAAGGGAUGAAGAACAGACACUYUAACUCAGUCUUUCACUGAAAAAUGAGCAUGAAGUGAUCAUUGCUAUGGUGUAUAGUGAAUAUCCUAUUGUGUAUGAGAGUGAAUCCUACAGUGCUGAGGAAUGCUGAGUACCUGGAUUUCCUACGUGUGUCUAGACUGUAAUUCUUGUAAAAGAAGAAUUAACGGUAAAGGACACAUUUUUGUUUGUUUGCUUUUCUGCGUGUUAAUGGUUCAUCACAGAUAUAGCAGGAAAAUGCUCGUGAAGRUGCUGAGCAUAAGCACGUUCUCUUAAAAGGUCUUGUUUUGUUUUGUUUUUUUUUCCUGAUUUCAGGUGAAAUCUGCUAGACCCUACUGAUUUGUCCUUACUGUUAUAAAGCACUAAUAGGGAAAUUACUUGCUCAAAUUACCAGUUGAGCUGUUUACUCUAAACAUAGCUUCCAUUUAUAGACUUUUUUCUUUUUUUUUGUUGUUGUUUUUUUUUUUUUUUGAAAGAAGUCUCUUAUUUGUCCUACACUACCACAUUUCUCGUUCUGAUCGGUGAGGUACAGACACGAUAAUACAAAAAAUAAAGUGCCCGAUCCUGCGUAUGGCUGUUGAAAGUCAUUGGUGAUCAUUCCAUUUAACCCCUGUUAAAAUAUUUAUAUAUUUGCAGGACUAGGUUCUAGGGAUCUAAAGGGUGUUUUGUAUUUUUACUCCUUAGAAUUUGCAUACCAAAGGCUGCAAUAGAAGGCUACAGAACUAUUAAAUUACCACUCAAACGUCAUUCAGAGACAGGGAAGUGAAAAACAGCUGAGACCAUUAUUUUUUCUUGAGAUGAGGGAAUAGGUAUUUAUAGACUCUAUUCUAGCUCUGUUAGCAAAUAGUGUGUUUGGGACUGAUGGAGGCUGCAAUAUUGGCAGAAAACACGUGACAAUCGAAAAUGGAAAGGACUAGAACAGACAGUCUUGAAGGGAAAUUGCCUCUUUGGCUAAUUAUUCUGUUGUGUUUCCUUUGGGUAAAUCUGGGGUCGGUGGGUACCUCGUGAAGCAGCAGGCAGGUGUGGAAUGGAAAUGUGAACACUUUUUUUUUUUUUUCCUAAAAAUGCUACCUGUGCUAAUUUUAAUGUGAACUUCAUGCAGUUUUCACCAGAGACUUUUAUUCUAAAAUGGUUAUUUUCUAAAAUCGUAUUUAAUGUAAGGUUUAAAUCAUGGAACUYUUCCUUCGCCUCCUUAAAAGUAAAUUUGCUUGAAUGAGUCGUCUAUGUUAAUAGGAGAAAAAAAAAAUCUCUAUUAAGAGCUUUUCUCAUUCAGACAAACCUGGUGCUCUGAUGGCCAGUACUGGACAUCCUGUCACUAUCUACCAGUAGCGAUUUACUGUGGUUUUUCUGARAUUAUUUUCCUCUAUGGAAGUGAAUACUAUGUAUCCAAAGUGCCUUAAUUUCAAGACUCUGCUGAUUUUGUGAACUCAUACACCUGGAAAUAUCACUGUGUUUCAUCAUCAUUUGAAAAUCUGUUACGCAUUUUAUAAAGCUUUUUAUCAAUUAACCAUGUUUUCUGAAAUCCAGCAGUGCAGGUUUUGUAACUUUUGUAAACACUGUUUUCCAUGAUAGUCCAUU